AGCACAUCCGCGUCCUUCUUGUUCGUCCUCAGUGCAGGAUAACGUAGCUGUCACCUUCCUGGUGCUCAUCUCCAUUGACAACUUCACGCUUUCAACUUUUUGAGUCGAUUUAAGGGACGAAGUUUGUCGUUUGUUUUUCCUGCGAGUUUUUUUUAUCGAACACGUGACAAUCACCAUGGAUGUCAUAGUGCGCCGCUGUCCAUUCCUGGCUCGUGUGCCCCAGGGCUUCAUGCAGCAGCCCAGGAAUUCGCUGGUGGUUUAUGCUCAGCGAUGCCCCAUCAUGAUGGAGCUGGCCUCCAAACCUAUGGCCCAAUCUCUGGCGCGGGCCCUCUGCUCGUCCUCGUCCCAUCACCAGAAGCCAGAGAGCAGCACCGCUGAAGGCACAAAACCAGAAAUGGAGCCCAAACUGCCUGCUGGCCACUCAACGUUGCUGUCUUCUGGUCAGGCUGUGGCCUCCAAAUGCCCCUUCCUGGCUGCGGAGAUGGGCCAGAAGAACAGCAGUGUGGUCCGCCAGGUCGGCAUGGAGUUCCAAGAGGAUGUUCAGGAAGUCCGCACUGUCCAGAAAGAAGUGUCCCCAGAGCAGCUGAAGAAGCCAUCCUUGGCCAGCCCCAGUGAAAAUCUCAUGAAGGCCCUCCUCAAGCAGCGCCCCAAGAUGGUCUCCCACCUGCUGCAGGACAACUUGCCAAGCAGCUUGUCCCGCUUCCACUACGAUGACUUUUUCGAGAAGAAGAUUGAAGAGAAGAAGAACGACCACACGUACCGCGUGUUCAAGACAGUCAACCGCCUGGCUGACGAGUUCCCCAUGGCCGACGACUUCACGGGCUCCCUGGAGGACAAGAGGGAGGUGUCUGUGUGGUGCAGCAACGAUUAUCUGGGCAUGAGUCGACAUCCUCGGGUAGUGCAAUCAAUCAUGGAAACACUACGAAAGCACGGCUCCGGGGCAGGAGGCACUCGGAACAUCUCCGGGACAAGCAAGUUCCAUGUGGAACUGGAACAGGAGCUGGCCGACCUCCACAAAAAGGAUGCGGCGCUGCUCUUCACUUCCUGCUUUGUGGCCAAUGACUCUACCCUGUUUACCCUGGCCAAGAUGCUGGCAGGUUGUGAGAUCUACUCUGACGCGGGCAACCACGCAUCGAUGAUUCAGGGAAUUCGGAACAGCGGCGCCAAGAAGUUCAUUUUCCGCCACAAUGAUGUCUCUCACCUCCGAGAGCUGCUGCGGAAAGGAGAUCCCACCAAGCCCAAGAUCGUCGCCUUUGAGACUGUCCAUUCUAUGGAUGGUGCUGUGUGUCCACUGGAGGAGAUGUGCGAUGUGGCACACGAGUUUGGUGCCAUUACAUUUGUCGACGAGGUUCACGCCGUCGGUCUGUAUGGCGCCAGGGGAGGCGGCAUUGGAGACCGCGAUGGUGUCAUGCACAAGAUGGAUAUCAUCUCUGGGACACUAGGCAAAGCCUUCGGCUGCGUCGGCGGCUACAUCGCCAGCACCGCCACCCUGGUGGACACGGUCCGCUCGUACUCCGCCGGCUUCAUCUUCACUACCUCGCUGCCGCCAAUGCUACUCUCUGGCGCCCGGCAGUCCAUCCAGGUGCUCAAGGGCGAGGAAGGCCGCACCCUGAGACGUAAGCACCAACGCAACGUCAAGCUGCUCCGGCAGAUGCUGAUGGACGCUGGGCUGCCUGUGGUGCACUGCCCAAGCCACAUCAUUCCAGUCCGGGUGUCGGAUGCUGAGAAAAACACGGAGAUGUGUGACCUCAUGAUGAGUCGCCACAAUAUCUACGUGCAGGCCAUCAAUUAUCCAACUGUGGCCAGAGGAGAGGAGCUUCUGCGCAUUGCUCCUACACCUCACCACACCCCUGAAAUGAUGAAAUACUUUGUUGAGAGGCUGGUGCAUACGUGGAAGGAGGCCGGCCUGGAGCUGAAGCCCCACUCGUCAGCUGAGUGCACCUUCUGCCAGCAGCCUCUGCACUUUGAGCUGAUGAGCGAGAGAGAGAAGUCUUACUUCAGCGGCCUCAGCCAUCCAGUCUCGGCCCGCGCAUAAGCAAUCGCUCCCAAAGCUGGCUCCAGACGACUCAUGCGUCGACCUACUUUCUCUGUCGCAUAAUUAUCUUUGAUACUGUAUGUCCUCGUAAAUACUUAUAUUUAAAAUACUCUAUCAUCAAAUACUAUAUACUUAAAAAUAAAAUAAAAGUUGGAAAGUGUA